AUAUCUCCUAAAGUAUUUGGAAUUUCUUACCUUCGCCGGUUGAUUUGAAAAGAGGAAGUGAAAGAGCACAGAAUAAAAGUAUUUUCAGAUUUUUAGCAUUUUUUUUGGCAUCUACCGCGACUCUACAUAUGAUGAAAUUUAAAAAUUCGAUAUCUCCUAAAGUAUUUGGAAUUUCUUACCUCCGCCGGUUGAUUUGAAAAGAGGAAGUGAAAGGGCACAGAAUAAAAGUAUUUUCAGAUUUUAGCAUUUUUUUUUGGCAUCUACCGCGACUGUACAUAUUUACCGUAGUUAACCACCAUUAACUAGUGAUAAUGUUAGGUUUAUACAAUACAAAGACUGAUUUUCCGAGAAUGAUCGGUUGAGUCAGGAACAAAAUUAUUGAACGGAUUGAAAAGUAAUCUUUGGUGUGAUGGAGAGCGCAGCCCGACACUUCAAAUUAUAAAUCAGCACAACUGGGACAACACAAUUUUUACAGACAGGGUUGCAUCGAAGGAGCGCAACUGGUGGGGGCCUCUAAUUUCGUGAGGCUCCUGACCAGAGUGGAAGGACAGCCACUGACGUAUUUCAGAGACAACAACGGUCAAAGAAGAAAAAAAUCAGGUGCGUGUGUCAGCGGCCAAGGCAUGGCGGCAUGCCGGAAUCAUCUGAAGCGCCUGCAGCGCGGCGGCCAGCUGGCCAUGUGCCUGGUUAUCUUCAUAGGUGUGAAUGAUCUCCUAAAAGGCUCUUCGUUUGCACCAAUGAAGGUCAUGCUGCGGUGAAUUAUGGCCUUCCUUCUCCAGAGAAGAAAGACCAUAAUUCUCACGACAGUACCCCCAUUUCAGAAGUUGUGGAGCUGUGCAACUUUGAAACAGAGGGUACUGUCGUGGAACAACCAUAUCCGAAAAGUGGUGUCAGCGCACAAUGGUGGGUCCACUGCACCGCUGGCCGCUGCCCCCUCCUAUGCUCAGGUGACUUCCGGGGUGGAAUGCCAACCUCGCUCAGGAACAUGUGUCGAGCUGCUAGACUUUGCGGUGAAGGCAGCAAUGGUCCCGCACAAUAUUUAUUGCAGAGAUAGAGUACAUCUCAAUCAGAGAGGGCUGCGGAAAUUGCGGACAGCGAUUACAAACAAAUUGAGUCAGGUGGAGUGGCUGCAAGAAGCUUGCUCAGGGAGAGUCCUAUGAACGGAAAAAACUUAUUCAACCCCGAAGCAGUUGAGCAUUAUUAAUGCAAUUGAUCGUGGGCAGAGUAGUAGGGAAAACAAACAAGAAUUUAUUGUGGACUUCACGAACCUGUUGUUAGAUGCCAACAUACCACUGGAAAAGGCAGGUGUGGCAGUGCGAUGAUUGUGAAGCCACGUUUGACGGUCCGACAGGGUUCGCCCAGUUCACGGCCCACGUGAAGCGGCGCCACCUGCGGCGCUGCAGCGUGCGCCUGUGUCGUCUAGACGCGUGCCCCACGUGCCGGCGGCGCCACGCCACGGGCGCCGUGCUGGAGUGGCUGGGCCAGCGCUCGGGCGUGGACGUGAUCGAGCUGAGCGAUGACGAGGUGGUGAUCGGCCAGGGCCGCAGCGAGAUCACCAUCACCAAGGUGGCGUGCGCGCCGGGCCCGAAGCGCUUCAAGCAGCGCCUGCAGCGCGCCAAGCUGCAGGUCAUCGAGAUAGACGACUCUCCCGCGAAGGCGGACGCCGACGACUCUCUCACGGCCGUCAAGGAGCGCUUGCGUCGACGCAAGAGCCUCGAGAUCAGCCAGAUCGACUCUGACGGCUCGCCCCAGCCCGCCGAGGACUUGCCGUCGAAAAAGCGCCGGAAACUGGCCGAAGACUGAAGUGGCCGUCGUUGUGCGUCGAUGUUCGUGUAGCUUUAUCUGUGUGUGAAGAGUAGGACCUGUUUCAUUUCCCUAGACCUUUAAUAAUUUAUGUAAUGAACUGUAAAUAUUAGCUACUGUGUGUUGAUAGGUAGGUUAGGGUUUGUGGUCAAGCUGGAGGAUUGAUGCCUGUGAUUUACCUAGCUUUUACAGACGUUUGCACAAAGUGGGCAUCCUUUGUAGGCAAACUUUUAUGACUGUUGGAACCAUAGAACCUGUGUGAAGUUUUGGAGUUUCAAAAUGAUUUACGAAUUAGGCUAUUGGAUCAUUACAUGUUGCAGCAAAAAUUUAUAAUGUAGAGACUCUUACCCUGAAAUGCAUUUCCAUCUGGAUUGUGUGCGAUUGUCUUUUUGGCAAGUGAGACUUAACGUUUGGAAUGUUUUCUAAGUGGGUGUAGAACGUAAUUUAAUUAUUGCCUUGUCAGGCCUCGGUGAAUGAUGAAUCACAUGAAAUUGUUUGUGAGGGAAUAAAAUAGUUAAUGUUUCCAA